CCAAAGACUGUUCUGCCCUCACGCAUUUAGAUGGCGAUCUAGCACUCCGGACAGUUGCAUCAGUUCCUGUGUGUGCGCGUAAAAAAAACGAAAAGAAAAAAAAAGACUGUGCCGUGGCUGCUCCACGCUACUUUUUUAUUCACAGGACGCAGAAUAGUAAUAAAUCCUGCUCUGCUAAAGGAAAAAAAGGCUGCGAUCAUAAUAAAGACGUCACCCUCCUGCUCGGGUUGGUUCAAGCGAGCCAAGUGCGCAGCUAUUUGUAAGCUACAACAACAACAACCUCCAGCACCAUGCCCGUGGAUAACGCAGGGAUUUCUGUGAGAUCCCCUCGCCGUGUGGAGACGAGAUCUGCGUCAGAUCCAUAGCAAAGGCAGCCCUUUAAAUUGCUCCGGAUCUGCCUUCUUUUAAAAAGAAAAAAAAGAAAAAAAAUACAGAGAGAGAGGGGACUUGAUCGCGUUGCGGGCUGCUGUCGCAACAAAUAGGACGCAAGACGAGGAUUUGAAGAGUCAUGGAGGAAACAGCUGCAGCAGCCCCGGCCCCUAGCACCGGUGUCACCCCCCCAACUCCAAGACCUCAACCUGCCUCCUUUGUACCCUCCCGCAGCCUGCUAGAGUGGAGACGGAGGGUCAAGUCGGAGUACAUGCGCCUUCGCCAAUUAAAACGCCUUAAAAAAGCAGAAGAGGUCAAGACCCUGUUCAUGUCCAACCGGCAAAAGAUUGAGCAGCAGACAAAUCUCCUGAACUCAGAGUGGUCCAAGCUCAGGAUUCAGUCCAUUCCUCUGUCAACUUCUGGCGGAGCUCUGGCUAACAAGAAGAUGUGUACCGUUGAAUUCGGCUUCCCUGGAUUCAAAGCUCAAGCCAUCGCCAUGAGGCCGCUGUCAACGGUUGCAGGAAUCCCCUUCAUGUACUCCUGGUCGCCUCUGCAGCACAACUUCAUGGUAGAGGAUGAGACGUUCCUUCACAACAUCCCCUACAUGGGUGAUGAGGUGCUGGAGCAGGACGAGGCCUUUCUGGAAGAGCUCAUCGACAACUAUGAUGGUGUCCAUGGUGACAGAGAGGGUGGGUUCAUCAGUGACGAGAUCUUUAAAGAACUUGUGGAGGCCUUGAGCCAGUACUCUGACCAUGAGGAGGAGGAAGAGGAGGAGGAGGUGACAGUGAAGAAGGAUGAAGAGAGAGUGAUGAGGAGGAGCGCAGCGGAGGGUUCAGAAGAGAAUAAAGCCGGAGCGGUGACGUUCAUCAGGAGGAAGAGGAGAAGCACUGCUGAGGUGAGGGACGUGUCCAGCAGCAAGAAGAUCCCCAACGAGCAGAUAUUUACGGCCAUCGCCUCAAUGUUCCCCUACAAGGGCACCACGGAGGAGCUCAAGGAAAAGUACAAGGACCUCUUGGAGCCCCCCAGCCCGGUGAAGCUGCCUCCCCUCUGCACCCCCAACCUUGAUGGACCUUUCGCAAAGUCUGUGCAGAGGGAGCAGUCAUUGCACUCCUUCCACACCCUCUUCUGCAGACGUUGCUUCAAAUACGACUGUUUCCUUCACCCUUUUCAUGCCACACCCAAUGUUUACAAGAGGAAGAGUAAGGAGAUCCGCAUGGAGACUGAACCAUGUGGUGUGGACUGCUUUCUGUUACAAAAAGGGGCGAAAGAGUUUGUGGAUCAGAAUAUGUUACGAUCACAGAGAUCUCGGAGACGACGGAGACAGCAGCGUCCCACCAGUUCCACUUGUGCUGGACCGUCCGGGUCCCCAGAGGAAGGCAAAGAGGGCGACAGUGACCACGAAACCACCUCCUCCUCAGAGGGGAAUUCACGGUGCCAGACUCCCACCAAGCCACAUCCAGGGGAUGAGGAUGGGGAGCAGCAGGCAUGCUGUGUGGUCCAGUGGAGUGGGGCCGAGGAGUCGCUGUUCAGGGUGCUGCACGGCACAUACUUCAACAACUUCUGCUCCAUCGCUCGCCUCAUCGGUACCAAGAAUUGUAAAGAGGUGUACGAGUUUGCAGUGAAAGAGGUUCUGAUUCAUCGUGUUCCUUUGGAGGAUGGAGGGAUCUCGCCUCAGAAGAAGAAGCGAAAGCACAGGUUAUGGGCAAAGAUUCAGCUAAAGAAAGAUAACUCGUCCAAUCAGGUGUACAACUAUCAGCCAUGUGACCACCCCGACCACCCCUGUGACAGCUCCUGCCCGUGUGUGAUGACCCAGAAUUUUUGCGAGAAGUUCUGCCAGUGCGAGCACGAGUGCCAGAACCGCUUCCCAGGCUGCAGGUGUAAGACUCAGUGCAACACUAAACAGUGUCCCUGCUACCUGGCUGUGAGGGAGUGUGACCCAGAUCUGUGCAUGACCUGCGGUGCUGCCGACCACUGGGACAGCAAAGCAGUCUCCUGUAAAAACUGCAGCAUCCAGAGAGGCCUGAAAAAGCACCUGCUGUUGGCUCCGUCAGACGUCGCCGGGUGGGGCACCUUCAUCAAAGAGCCUGUUCAAAAGAAUGAAUUCAUCUCUGAAUACUGCGGAGAGCUGAUCUCCCAGGAUGAGGCAGACCGACGUGGAAGGAUCUAUGACAAGUACAUGUCUAGCUUCCUUUUCAACUUGAACAAUGUAGACUUUGUCGUGGAUGCCACGCGAAAGGGGAACAAAAUCCGCUUUGCAAAUCAUUCAGUUAAUCCCAACUGCUACGCUAAAGUGGUGAUGGUGAACGGAGACCACCGCAUCGGAAUCUUUGCCAAACGAGCUAUUCUGCAAGGAGAGGAGCUCUUCUUUGACUACAGGUAGAGUCACAGGCCUUUUUGUGACUCUCCAUCAGCUGCAAAAUACAGCCAAGCAGAUGCCCUCAAAUAUGUGGGAAUAGAGAGGGAGGUAGACAUGGCUUAGCUUCAUCAUCUGCCUACCUCCAUAACCUCCUUAACUCCUUCAGCCUCCUACUAAUGCUUCUGUCCCUCUCUGCAGCAUCACAUCUAGCUGACAAAGUCUCUAUUGACAGUCGCUGUCUCUGCCCUCUCUGCUGCACUUCCAAAAAUAGAAAGUCCCUCCCUGCGGUUUGCAGGUGCUGCUGCUCUGCAAAUGCAGCACCAUCUCUUUCAGCGACAGCUCUCCCCUCUUCAUCUGCCCAGACCCACCCACCUACCUGUAAGACUGUAUACGCCAAGCUUAUUAAACUAAACUAUUUAAAGUGGAAAUACUAUUAAUCGGUAUCGCUUACUGCACCAAGAGGAUCACACGUUAUUUUUUCUUUUAUUCCAUCUUGUCGAAGCAAAGAGGCUGCAAUUACCCAUUACUCAGUGUGUUUCCCUCCGCGGUUUUGUUACUGUACUUAUAGACUGGCUUUUGUUUGACAUCUCAAUACGUAACGCAAGUUUAAAUCUGUGAAAUGCAUGUGCUGUCUUUUGACAAAACCAUCCAUUAAACAUGUUAGCCACAGCAUUAGCUUCAGUCAGAUGCUGUUCCUGUGCAGUCACUCUGUAUUGUAGUAUGAUGUUACCCUCUGACUGUUCCACAGAGAAACGUGAUCAGGGUUCGGUAGCUUGAUGUGUUCCCCUGUGAACCUUUUCCAGUGGCUAGCAUCACCACCACGUCGUUAUGGUAAAAAUAAGUUAUUGUGCAUUUAUAUCAUUGUUCUGCAAAAAUAGGCAACCAGACGAGAAACCGACUGACUGAAUGUAACCCGUAGACGGUGGCGAAGAGAUCUCAUCCCUCCUUUGAUUUUACGCAUGAUCCCAUUAUUGGUACUCAGAGCAAAAGCUUAUCAUCACGUUUACAUGACCUUGAAAUCUUCACACUUUGUCAGGCAAAUAAUUAUGAAUAAACCAGUCACAGAGUAAAUGUCUUCCUUUAAAAAUCGAUAAAAGUGCCAAAUAAUUCCACACAGAAAAGUGCUGCAACGAUAUGGACGUGUUGCAUAAUUAACAAUGCUGUGUUGAAGGUAAGCUUUACAAGAAUACAAGAAAAUUGUCGGUGUUUGACCAAAUAUUGAAUUCCCCCACAUGUGAAUGUAAAAUAUCAUUUCUCAUUGUUUUUAUUUUUUUUUAUGUCCAGAUUCGCUGUUUUUCAUUUAUAGAACAUUUUUAAAAAGCCCACUAUGAAAUGAGAUCUUUCUCAGUAGAGAUGAACAAAAAUGGAGUUUAAUGCUAUGUACAGUGUAUGCCUAUAAAAAUAAAACUUUAACUUUAUACAUUAACAA